AUGCAGAGCGCUGUUACUGGAGUUGUUAUCGGUGGAUUCAACAAUUUAGCUGUGGGAAAUUAUAGCAUCAACGUCGGCAAUAGAUGGAUCAACUUCACGCCUUUUAUACUUCCGCACAAGGACCGUCGAGGCUUUGGCCUCACGGAACUGCCAAUACGAUUAUCUAAAUUAAUAAUAUCGAGCACGGCAGUGAACGGUAUUGGAAAUUAUGCGGUUUUUUCGUAUCCAACUGGACGACGUUAUGUGUGGUGGCCGGCCUGGUUUCGUCAAGGAAUGGCACCAAGAUACACCGCUGGCACGUACUAUUAUCAGUGGGUUUAUCCGACGGGUCAACAAGUAACUGACCAGCGGCUGGUCAACGUUAAUGUUCCAUAUUAA